CAAGUUAAGUAUUUUAUUUUUCUUAUCAACUCUUUCUUUAUCAACACGGUAUCAAAGUUCACGAGAGUUAUUUUCGCCGGUUUAUACACUUAUCAUUUAAUUUUUUGUUCUGUAUUGAGUAAGGGAGGUAGCAGGGUAGACAAAAAAUAUAAAAAUGGCUUCAGUAGGCGUUGUAACUCGUCUUUUGCUAGGCAAGAAUGUUCUCAGCACUGCCCGAGUGGCUCUUCCAAAUACCGGUUUCGUUAAGUUCUACAGCGCAGCUCCAUCAUACGAGAACAUUAAAAUCGACGUAGUGGGCACAAAGAAGAAUGUAGGCCUGAUCCAGUUGAACAGGCCUAAGGCCCUGAACGCGCUUUGCAAGCCUCUGUUCGUUGAACUGGGCAAGGCGGUCGUUGACUUUGACGCUGAUGACUCCAUUGCAGCCAUUAUUAUCACUGGCAACGAGAAGGCGUUCGCAGCGGGCGCUGACAUCAAAGAGAUGCAGAACAACACAUACAGCAGCAACCAGCGCGGAGGCUUCCUCAAGGAGUGGGAGGACGUGUCUCGCUGCGGGAAGCCCGUCAUCGCCGCCGUCAAUGGCUUCGCUCUUGGCGGCGGUUGCGAGCUUGCCAUGCUGUGCGACAUCAUCUACGCCGGCGACAAGGCUAAGUUCGGCCAGCCGGAGAUCAACAUCGGGACAAUCCCCGGCGCCGGCGGCACCCAGCGCCUGCCGCGCUACGUCGGCAAGUCCAAGGCCAUGGAGAUCGUACUCACUGGCAGCUUCAUUGAUGCUAACGAGGCUGAGAAGAUGGGUCUGGUCGCCCGCGUGUUCCCGGCGGAGAAGCUUCUAGAAGAGACCAUCAAAUUAGCUGAGAGGAUCGGCAGCCACUCGCCACUUAUCGUCAAGAUGGCCAAGGAAGCCGUAAACCAGGCGUACGAAACCACGCUUAAGGCCGGCCUUUCGUAUGAGAAGUCGCUCUUCUACGGUACUUUUGCUACGGAGGACCGCAAGGAAGGUAUGACUGCAUUCAUUGAGAAGAGAGCUCCCAACUUCAAGAAUGAAUAGAAAAUCAAACUAAUGCAUUUUUAUAAGAUUGUUAUAUUGUAAAUCAUGUAGAUUUUAAUAAGUGUAAUUCCUUCUGUUAUCGAAUUUUGUAAAAAUAUACACACAAAAUAUACAAAUCUAAACAAUAUAUUUUAUAGUACAUAGAAAGUGCCUUUUUUAAAUAAAAUAAUUUUAUGGCAUUGCAAA